AUGGGUAUUGUCACUCUGAGCCUUGUCUCUGGCAAUGGCCUGUGCUUAGAUUUCCGAGUGACCUCUGAAGAACAGGAUCCUGUCUACAAGCGCGACUCUGUGCUGCGGCCCUUCCCAGCCGCCUACGCCCGCGGCGACUGCAAGGACUUCGAGGCCCUGCUUGCAGAUUCCAGAAAGUUGCCUAGCCUGAAAGAACUGCUCAGAUCCUCUGGAGAUGAAGACCAGUGGGCCUGGGACCUGGUGAGCUGGAUUUUGUCUUCCAAGGUCCUGACAAUCCACAGCGCAGGGAAAGCCGAGUUUGAGAAAAUCCAGCAGCUGACCGGUAACCCUCACAUACCUGUCCCUGUCCCAGACUUCCUAUUUGAGAUCGAGUACUUUGACCCAGCCAAUGCCAAAUUUUAUGAGACCAAAGGAGAACGAGACCUAAUCUACGCCUUCCAUGGUAGCCGCCUAGAAAACUUCCAUUCCAUCAUCCACAAUGGCUUGCACUGCCAUCUCAACAAGACAUCCUUGUUUGGAGAGGGGACCUACCUCACGAGUGACCUGAGCCUGGCCCUCAUUUACAGUCCUCACAGCCACGGGUGGCAGCACAGCCUUCUCGGCCCCAUCCUCAGCUGUGUGGCUGUGUGCGAGGUCAUCGACCAUCCAGACGUCAAGUGCCAAGCCAAGAAGAAGGAUUCCAAGGAGAUAGACCGCAGAAGAGCGAGAAUCAAGCAUAGCGAAGGAGGAGAUAUACCUCCUAAGUACUUCGUGGUCACCAAUAACCAGCUCCUGCGAGUGAAGUACCUGCUGGUGUAUUCGCUGAAGCAACCCAAGAGGGCUUCCAGCCAGCUGUCCUGGGUUUCCAGUCAUUGGUUUGUGGUCAUGAUGUCCCUGUACCUGCUGCUGCUGCUCAUUGGUGACAUUUACCUGCAGCGUAGAAGAGGAAUCCUGCCAGGCAUUUAUAAUUCCACCACUCAGGAAGCUGAGGCAGGAGGAUCACCGUGACUUCAAGCCCAGCCUGGACUACAUAGAAUUGAACUUG